AUGAAGAGGUUGAGAAAACAAUCAUCAAUAUCUACAUUUAUAAAAAAAAAUAAAAUCUCUGAUUCAAAUUUAUCAGAAACUAUUGAAACUAUAAAUGAAGAACAAACUAUAGAAAAAACUAUUGAAUCAUCUUCAAAAUUAAUUUCUGACGAAACAACCGAUAUAUCUAAUGUUGAACAAAUGUCGUUAUGUUUAAGAUCUAUAGAUUUAAUUAAUAAUGUAAUUCGUGAAGAUUUCCUCGAAUUCAUUCCUGUUCAUGACAUGACGAGCCGUAGAUUAGCAUUAACAAUUAUAACACGACUAAAAGAAAAUGGAAUUAAUUUAAAUUAUAUGAUUGGACAAGGCUACGAUGGAGCAGCAUCAAUGAGUGGUCAUUUGAACGGUGCACAAACUAUUAUUCGUUCUGAAUAUCCAAAAGCCUUGUAUGUGCAUUGUAGCGCUCAUUCCCUAAAUUUAGCAAUUGGUUAUGCCUGUCAAAUUCAAAUGAUUAGAAACUGCAUGGGUACUGUUAAGUCUAUUACAUCAUUUUUUAAAAAAUCUGCCCAACGCACUAAUAUAUUAAAAACACAUAUUAAAUCUUCUUUACCAGAGUCCAAUCAUGAUAGAUUAAUUUCAAUGUGUGAAACCAGAUGGGUUCAAAAGCACGAAUCCAUAAAACGAUUUCAUGAAAUGUACAUUCCAAUAAUACAUACUUUAGAAGAACUCCAAGAAGUAAUAAAUAAUGAAACAUCACAAAAAGCACAUCAAUUUCUGGCAACUAUUAUCAAACCUGAUUUCAUAUUGGCAUUAAAAGUAACUGAAAAAGUUUUUACUUUUACACUUCCACUCUGUAAAUAUUUACAAAAAAUUGAUUGUGAUCUUACCAAAGCAUGUGAUCAUGUUCAAGUUGUCAUUGAUUCAUUAAAUACUCUUCGUCAAAAUGCUGAGGUGGAAUUUAACCUAAUAUUUAUUACGGCUUCGAAAACUUUAACUGAUGUAGGUGGCACAAUGAGCGUACCAAGAUUAUCAAAAAAACAAAUUAAUCGAGAUAAUUAUACAGAAUCUACGCCGGAAGAAUAUUAUAGAAAAGCACUUUUUAUACCGUUUCUUGAUCAUUCUAUAACACAUUUAAAAACUCGUACACAUUUUUGUAACGGUUCUAUAAAAAGAUUGGAAAAUGGUACAUUCGUUAUGGUCAAACCACACAGAGGUCAUGGUAGAGAACAAGGGAUCAAUAACCAGGACUUGAUCUCUAAUUUCCGAGCAGUUUUAAAACAACGAGCAGCUACAGAAAAUAUACCGUUGAAAAGCAUAUACGAUGAAGAAUCAAGAAGAAUUGAAAAAUAUCUCUCACUUGUAGAUGUUGUAACUAGUAAUAGUGCUAGAAUAAAUAAACAUUGA